UCUUUGAUGUAUCGAUAAAAUUUCCAAGUUUUCAUCGUUUUCGAGAACUUUGUAAAUGUGUGGUUAGUUAUUUGCAUGCUAUUGAAAUACAUUUGAAAUGGUGGAUUAUAGUAAAUGGAAGGAUAUAGAGAUAUCCGAUGACGAAGAUGAAACACAUCCAAACAUCGAUAGUCCCUCUCUGUUCAGAUGGCGACAUCAGGCCCGUAUCGAACGCAUGGAGCAACAACAACGUGAGAAGGAGGAGUUCGAGCAAUCUAAAAAAUUACACAAACAGAAGGUGGAAAGCACACAAAAGAAACUGAUGGAGACUGAGAAACAGGGAGGCGAUAUUAGUGAACUGCGCAAGGCGUUAGAUCAGCUAGAAAUCGAGGGUGCCAACCUCAAGAAACAAGAAGAGGAUCUCAACAAAAAAGAAAAGGUAACACCCUGGAACGUGGACACAAUCAGCAAGCCGGGCUUCACGAAGACAAUAGUGAACACAAAGCCGGAGCGACGGGAGGAGAAUCUGAGUGAGGAGGAGCGCGAACAGCGGCUGAAGGUGUUCAUCAAGGAGAACGAGAACCUGAAGAAGUUCGGCAUGCUGCAGAAGUACAACGACAGCAAGCAGUUCCUCAGCGAGCAUCCGCAUCUCGUCUGCGAGGAUACCGCUAACUAUCUCGUCAUAUGGUGCAUCAACCUCGAGAUGGAGGAGAAAAGAAACCUAGUACGGCAUGUGGCUCACCAGAGCAUUUGCAUACAAUAUAUUCUCGAACUUUCCAAACAACUAGAAGUGGAUCCCCGCGCUUGUGUGGGAGCUUUCUUCUCAAAGAUCCAGGUGGCUGAGCCCGAGUACAAGCAGUCGUUUAACGACGAGGUUGAGGCAUUCAUCGAACGAGUCAGGAAGAGGGCCAAGGAGAAGCUGGAGAAGGCCAUGAAGGAGGUGGAGGAGGAGGAGAGACUGGCGAGGCUGGGGCCGGGCGGGUUGGACCCCAUUGAAGUCAUGGAAACUCUGCCUGAGGAGCUGAAAGCGUGUUUCGAGUCACAGGACAUAGGCCUGCUGCAAGAGACGUUGGCAAAGAUGUCCAACGAAGACGCCAUCUACCACAUGAAGCGCUGUGUGGAUAGCGGUCUGUGGGUGCCCGAGAAGAAGGAUAAAGCCGACGCCGGUGAGGGUGAGGCGUCAACCGAAGGGGCGGCGCUGUCAAAAGCCGAUGAGGACGAGGAAAAGUUCUAUGACGCAAUCAGUUCGUCCGUCGAGAAAGUCGACUGAAGGUCAAAAUUGCAAAUUGAUUCAAAAGUUAUGAUUGGGGAUUUAAAUUUUUAAUUGAAUUUAGUUUAUUGAUUGAAUUCAAUCUAUUAGGUCCGGUU